AUGGCGAUGACGUCGGGAUUCGGGUUGCAGUCGCUGCUCAAGGAAGGGCACAAGCAUCUGACGGGAUUAGAGGAGGCGGUGCUGAAGAACAUUGAAGCGUGCAAGCAGCUCUCGCACAUCACGCGCACGUCUCUAGGACCCAAUGGCAUGAACAAGAUGAUCAUUAACCAUCUGGACAAGCUGUUCGUGACGAGUGACGCGGCGACAAUAGUCGCAGAGCUGGAGGUGCAGCACCCGGCGGCGAAGCUGGUGGUGCUGGCGGCCAAGGCGCAGCAAGAGGAGGUGGGCGACGGCGCCAACACCGUGGUGUCGCUGGCGGGGGAGCUGCUGGCGGGCGCGGAGGAGCUCAUUCGCUCUGGGCUGCACCCCAGCGAGAUCAUUGCAGGAUACGCCAAGGCGACGGACAAGGUGUUGGAGGAGCUGGAGACGUUGGUGGCGGAGGGGAGUGACAAGGUGGACGUGCGGAGCAAGACAGAAGUGGAGAAGCGCCUCGUGGCGGCGGUGGCCAGCAAGCAGUUUGGCAGCGAGCCCGUGCUGUGCCCUCUCAUUGCUGACGCGUGCAUGCAGGUGUGUCCCAACAACCCCAACAAUUUCAACGUGGACAAUGUGCGAGUGGCCAAGAUACUGGGAGGCGGGCUGCAUGACUCCAAGGUGGUGCGAGGCAUGGUGCUCAAAACGGACUCUACUGGCACCAUCAAGCACGCAACUAAGGCCAAGAUCGCAGUGUUUGGAACGGGAAUUGACACGCAAGCCACGGAGACCAAGGGCACCGUGCUCAUUGAAAACGCCGAGCAGUUGGAGAACUACGCCAAGUCAGAGGAGGCGAGGGUGGAGCAGGCGAUCAGGGAGGUGGCGGAGUCGGGGGCGACGGUGGUGGUGAGCGGACAGACGGUGGGCGAGAUGGCUCUGCACUUCUGUGAGCGAUACAAGCUCAUGGUGCUCAAGAUCUCCUCCAAGUUUGAGCUCCGACGGUUCUGCCGCACCACUGGAGCCGUCUCCCUGGUGAAGCUACAGAAGCCAACAGCGGACGAGCUGGGCUUUGCGGACUCUGUUUCCGUGCAGGAGAUAGGCGGCAGCACGGUGGUGGUGGUGGAGAAUGAGUCGGGAGGCAAUCUGGUGGCGACGGUGGUGUUGCGGGGCAGCACGGACAGCAUAUUGGACGAUGUGGAGAGGGCCGUGGACGAUGGCAUCAACACGUACAAGGCGCUGUGCCGUGACAGCCGGGUGCUGCCUGGGGGAGGGGCGACUGAGAUCGAGCUGGCUAGACGUCUGAAGCAGUUUGCACGAACACAAGUGGGUCUGGACCAGUACGCAAUCGAGAAGUACAGCGAGGCUCUAGAAGUCAUCCCGCGCACGCUGGCGGAGAAUGCCGGCAUGGACGUCACUGAGAUUCUCUCUGCUCUCUACGCCGCCCACUCCGGUGGGCCGGACGGCACGGGCGGCAAUUUCCGUGUGGGAGUGGAUGUCACGGGGGCGGGCGUGAGAGACCUCACUACUGACAAUAUCUGGGACCUCUUUGCGACAAAGUAUUGGGCGAUUCGUUUUGCUGCAGACGCAGUGACUACGGUUCUUCGAGUGGACCAGAUCAUCAUGGCCAAGGUUGCCGGUGGCCCUCGUCGAGGCGAUAGGCCAAUGGACGAGGGGGAAGAUUAG